AGUCGACAUCACUUGGAUUUGCCGGCGCGGUCGGUGCGGUUCGCGAACGCCCGACAUUUAGCCUAGCGCUCUAUAAAGUCAAAACGAAUAAUUCCGAUUCUCACAAAUCCGUGCGAAAUGCCGUCGCGCAAGGUGCUCUCGUCGGUGUCGCCAUCCGCGUCAGGAUCAGUGCCAAUGCUGCAGAAGACGUUCGCCAUUCUGGUAGCGCUCGCCGCCUGCGCCACCUUCGCGGCCGGCUAUCGCAUCUCCGAAAAGGACAAGAAUAAACAUCUCGAUGACGAUUCAAAUGAGAGUAGCGACACACUAGUCCUAGCUCAUGUGUUAUUUCGUCAUGGAGAUCGAACACCAGAUGUCAGCACAAUUUAUCCCACUGAUCCGUACGCCAAUGAGACGUAUGCUCCCUACGGUAAAGGACAAUUGACUCUGCAAGGAAAAGAAAGGGCUUAUCGACUUGGUGAACUUCUACGAGAGCGCUACGACAAUUUUCUUGGACCCAUUUAUUUACCAGACCUUGUAGAAGCAAGAAGUUCGUCGUAUCCUAGGACUAGAGCAACUUUAGAAUUAGUUCUUGCUAGUUUAUUUGUUCCUACCGAAGAGUACAAAAUCAGAGACAACUUACUCUGGCAACCAAUUCCAUUUGAAUUCACACCAAGAGAAACUGAUAAUUUAAUUGCGACGUUUAUCUCAUGCGAAAAAGUAUUUGACGAGGUUGAGGAAGUCCAGAAAGCUCCGAAAGCAAGGAAGGAAUUCAGGAAAAACAAAAGAAUGUACGAUUACCUCAGCGAAAAGUCAGGAUGGGAUGUGAAUAGCACCACACGCGCUAGUUUUAUUCAAAACACUCUACAGACUGAAUCUGAGUGGGGUCUACAACUCCCAGAAUGGGUGGAGAAGGUGUGGCCCGGUCCAUUAAAACGCGCCGCUGGUGAAUUCUGGAGAUUCUACGGUAGUACCCCAAAACUACGAAGUAUGGCAAUUGGUAAUCUCUUAGGGAAAAUGAUCAACGACACCAUUAUGCACAUCACCAAUGAUUUACCACAAGCGAGGAAAAUGUUCCUUUACGCUGGUCAUGAUUUCAAUGUGGUACCAUUUGUUGCUGCACUUGGUAACCCUGUUUCGGAGACACCUUACACCGCACAUGUUAUUUUGGAGGUUCACAAUGUUGACGAUGAAUAUUAUAUUAAGGCAUUUUAUAAUGAUUAUUCUGAACCGGAACCUAAAUUACUACGAGUAAAGGAUUGUCCAGAGUUGUGUCCUUUUGAACAGUUCCAGGAUCUGAUGAAGGAAAACAUACCAGCGCCUAAUAAAUGGUGCAAAUGAUUCAUUUGCAUCUUAUUCUUGAAUGUUUUAAAUUGGCUUAAAAACUCAAAGAUUUAUAGAUGUAUUUAUUAAUUAAAUAUGAUUAUUUAUUAAGCGAGUACUACGUAAAAAACUAAUUUUAUGACAGCAGUGUACAAAUACAUGACCAAUGUGUGAUUUUAUGAUUUUACAAUAAAUAUAGUAUUUUUUGCCAUAAGAUAAA